AACAUCAUCAAAGGUUUGUCCUUCACCCCACGACAAGUAAAUGAAAUUGCAAUCAGUUUGAAUGCAGAUUCCAUGGUUUGAUAGCAUAUUGAAUCACUGUUAAGUUUGAACGGGUAGAUUAUCUUAUAUUUGGCCUAUAAACUAUGAGACUGGGUUUGGUUUGAACUCAUCUCACACACUCCAAGUUUUUUGGAGAGGAAAAUGUAGAAAAGGAAAAAGGAUGUUAUCUUAGAUAUGUGAGACCUCUGUCAAAAGUUUUUGAACUUCCACUGAAAUUGUUUAUAUACCAGCAUUGCAGGAUGGUAGUUAAGUCAGAGGAAGGAAAGCAGCUACGCUCCUUCACGUUUAAGGACGAAGACGAAAGCCAAGAAGUACGGGCCGUGGAAAGGAGAACACUGCUGGAAACUCUGGCCUCUCAGCUUCCUGCAGGAACAAUUCAGUUUUCCUCUAAGCUUGAAGGCAUUCAAAGAACUGAUCAAGAUGAAGUCAAGUUGGAACUUGUAGAUGGCUCACAGUUAAUGGCAAAGAUUGUCAUUGGUUGUGAUGGCAUUCGAUCUCCCAUAGCUCGGUGGAUGGGAUUUUCCGAGCCGAAUUACGUAGGGCAUUGCGCGUUUCGUGGGCUUGCAUAUUAUCCCAAUGGACAGCCACAUGAGCCAAAAGUGAACUAUAUCUAUGGAAAGGGGUUGCGAGCUGGUUAUGUUCCAGUUUCAGCUACAAAAGUUUACUGGUUUGUCUGCUACAACAGCUCAUCUCCAGGACCAAAAAUCACAGAUCCAGCUGUUCUAAAGCAGCAAGCGAAAGAACUGGUAAAAAACUGGCCAUCUGAGCUACUAAACAUCAUGGACACAACCCCGGAGGACACGUUAAUCCGAACACCCCUCGUAGACCGAUGGCUUUGGCCUGCAGUCAGCCCGCCCGCUUCAUCGGGGAGAGUGGUCCUGGUUGGAGAUGCCUGGCAUCCGAUGACUCCAAAUCUAGGACAAGGAGCAUGCUGUGCAUUAGAAGAUGCAGUGGUUCUAGCAAGAAAGCUGGCCACUGCACUCAAGUCGGAUGCACCUUCUGUUGAAGAAGCUCUGAGGUCGUAUGGAACCGAAAGAUGGCCUCGAGUGUUCCCGCUCACCGUUCGAGCCAAUGUGGUUGGAUCGGCUCUGCAGUGGGACAACCCAGUUGUUUGUUCUGUGAGAAACAAUGUUGUCAUUCCCAAACUGGUUAGGCUUGGACCUCUGCUAGAGCAUACCAAUUUUGAAUGUAAUGCUUUGUGAGUACAUAAUUUUAUAGGCAUUAAUUGAUUACUAUUAAAUUUUAAGGAUGUAAUUUUUUUU